AUGCGAAGCGGCAGCAGCACCUUGGUGAUGCUGUACGCCAGGCCCACUUCCACCACAAUCCGAUACUUGCUGUCGGCGCUCGCCCAUUUCCUCAUCACGGCGUCUGUCGUUGUCGCUUCGUCUGUGCUGUCUGCGUCCUCGUCGUACCUGCUGAACCCAAACCAGCCCUUUCUCCGAAAAUACUUUUCAAACCGCCGCACGCCCUCCACCACCAGUCCGCCAAAGUAA